CAGAGCUCGCACGUCGCCCGCAGCGCAAAGUUUGACCGCACGCGUAUUCUCGUAACUUAUUUACUAAAAGAAAUAUUCUUCUUAUCAGUGAUAUCUCAAGAUGGUGCUUUCCGAUUUCUUGACGGAGACCAGAAGGCGAUGGCUUAAGGCCUUCAAAUUGUUCAAGCGGAACAAGAGCCGUAAAAACACACGGAACCGCAUCUCCCCGGAGCUGUCCCGCUCCCCGUCGUACAGCGGCACGGUGGACGCGCGUUCAGACAUCGACAUCCAGCGCUUCUGCGCGUGCAGAGCCUCUCUCCCACCUCUGCACAUCUCCAGCGACUCGUACGAGAACAACUCCUACUACAGCAGCUACAACAGUUACAACAGCUCGAGGAUCGACAGCCUGGAGAGCUAUGGCACGAAUGAAUCCAACAGCGGCAGUGCUCGGUCAGACUCUGCAUACGACUCGGCUAGGUCCAGCCCUGAGCACGCCAGGGUGUGCUACGCCACCGUCACCUACUUCAACGUGAAUGACAGCGAGGACAGCAGCAGCAUCCGCACGGAGUACACACUGCUUGAUGACACAGAGGCUGACCGCCUGGCCGAGCUGGAUGACAUGGAACACCUGGAUGAGGACGAGCGGACGCAGAACAUGAUCAAUGAGAGCAUCGAGCUAGUGAGCACGUUAUGAAGUGAGCGCGAUGGACACUGGCUUACAAUAUAAUUUGAGUUUAGUUGCGCUCGCUAUGAAAGCGUUCCAUUUCGGAUUUGGAAGCGUGUGUGAUACUCGGUGCGUGAUCGAUGUAGCGAAAUUAUUCAGUUUUGAUAAGCGAGGACGAUGAAUUGAUAAUGUAUUCGUAUCUAGGGGACUUCCUUCUUGUGUAUACCUACUAUGUAUUUAUAUAUAGUAAUCUGGCAACUCUAAGCUAUGUUGUAGAACAUAAGGAUUAUUGCUAAGUCGUUUUAUGAAAUUCUACCGACUUUUACUCUGAACGUCCUGUUACGUGUUUUAAAAUUAUGAAUUGAAAUUAUUCCUUUUGAAAUUACCAAUUGAUUGACGCAAUUGGCUUUUACUGAAAGUCGUUAUUAGUGGCCGCUCAGUGGGACAUAUUUUCCUUGCGAUGAUUUUGUUGAAAUAUUUUCCUUAAAGCACUUCACAGUUAUAACGAAAUGAUUUAAAGCAGAAAAUGUUGAAGUAUUGCGAGAGUUUUCAAUUUUGUAAAAUUACAUUAUUUUUGUUGUCAGGAGAGCUCUUGACAUGAGUAUGAUAACGAUUUCCUUUCAUGUUUCUUUGAUGCUGCCUGUCAAGGCUGUGUGUACACUGUACAGUAUUGUUGUUGAAUUCGUUUACCUAGUCCACUUUGUGUUAAGGCUUGGAAUCCCAAAAUGCGAAGGCAGUCUUUUACGUAAUAUCCGUUGAUCCACGAAUUAACUUGUACAAAAGAAAAUAAAACUUUUGACGAAGUGCUUGAAGUUAUCUUGUUUCGACUUUCUUUGACUUGGCCUUGUCAUGAUUUCAAUUAAUUUAUAAUAUUAGUUAUCAGAGCGAACAAUAUUUUGGAAAAUUAAUACACUAAAGUCACAGUAGAGGUCGGUAGAAACCACAGGAAUGUAAUACAUUUUGAUUAGUUUCAAUUUUGCUAGUAAUAUAAACUAUAAAAUGAUGGAAUACUCACUUUGACAAGUUUAAUUACAGUUUUGUAAAUAAAUAGUUUAGUAUAACGUAAUAUUUCAUAGAGUUGGAUGUUUCUCUUUGUAAAUUGGUUUCAGUGUCAAUAUUUAUCACGAUACGAACAAACUAUUCAUGACUUUUGAUUUUAGUUGUGUUUCAGUUUAUGCUCAGUGUUUGUAUUCGAAUGUAUACUCGAUUUCAUUUUGAUUUUGACGUCUUAAUAGACUCUAGACAUUAAUGAGUCGUUUGAAGACAUAGUCCGGUCCAAGAGUAUUUUUUGAAUUACAAUUCUUCGAAUCGAAAUUUUAAUAAUGUAUUAAUUGGACUAUUUACCAUUCCUGUAAACAUUCGGAUUAUAGAAUUUCAUUUCAUGUUACUGAUAUCUAAUUUUAGACCCGUCCGAAGUAAACAACACGAAAUAACAAAAUAUUGUCACUUGCACAAAAUUGGACACGUUCAAUAUGUUUACCAAAGUAAAUGUGAUACUAUAUAUUUAUGUAAUACGUUUAAGAUAUUAAAAUUGUAUAGUUAUAUGUCUGUUGAUCUCAAUGGUGUAAAUUUUAAUAGUAAGGUGACGUCAUUGGUGGCAUUGCCAUGCAUUAGUGUUUAAUUAAUAUCGGUGGCAACUAGUUUUUUUCGAGACGCCGCGCGCCGUGACGCACGGAGUAGAGUAUGAAACACUACUCAUAAA